AUGGCGGGCUUUGCGCGCCGCCCGGGCGUCCCCCCGCUGUCGCGAGCCCGGAGCCUCGUCAUUCCGGACGCUCCAGCGUUCUAUGAGCGCCGCUCUUGUCUCCCCCAGCUAGACUGUGAGCGCCCCCAUGGCAGGGACCUGGACUCCCACUUCUUCGGCAUUCGGCCGACGUUUAUGUGCUAUGUGCCCAGCCCGGUGCUAGCUUCCGUGGGAGACACAGAUUUUGGCUACGGAAAGGGGAAGUGUACUAAGCAAGGUCUGCCAGGAGCCCAAGAGACACAUUUUGGAGACGAUAAACUUGAAGAUCUUGCAGAGGCCAAUCCAUUCUCCUUUAAAGAGUUUCUGAAAACCAAGAACCUCAGCCUGUCAGGAGACGAUACAACCAACAACAGGAUUUAUUCAAAGGAAGCCACGAGACACUCACUGGGGCUUGGCCGCAACUCCCCGACCUCCCAGACCAUGGGGUAUGGCUUAGAAUAUCAGCAGCCAUUUUUUGAAGACCCUACGGGGGCCGGCGAUCUUCUGGACGAGGACACAGACGAGGGUGAGGACGGCGGGUGGGACGGGGCCUACCUGCCCUCCGCUGUGGAGCAGACCUGCUCCCCCGGGGUCGCCGCCAGCACGUCACCCUGCAGCACGUACGUCUCCUUUUUCUCUGCCGCGUCGGAGCCGGUGGCGCCCAAGACGCUGCCCCCGUGGACACGGAGCGACUCUGACUCGCGCGCCUCUCCGGCGGGGAGCCCCGACGCAGAUUUCGCAGCCCACGGAGAGUCUCUGGGAGACAGGCACUUGCGGACACUGCAGAUAAGCUACGAAGCACUAAAAGAUGAAAAUUCUAAGCUGAGAAGAAAGCUGACUGAGGUUCAGAGCUUCUCUGAGACUCAAACAGAAAUGGUGAGGACAUUGGAGCGGAAGCUGGAAGCCAAAAUGAUCAAGGAGGAAAGUGACUACCACGAUCUGGAGUCAGUGGUCCAGCAGGUGGAGCAGAACCUGGAGCUGAUGACGAAACGGGCUGUGAAGGCAGAAAACCAUGUCAUGAAGCUGAAACAGGAGAUCAGCUUGCUCCAGGCGCAGGUCUCCAACUUCAAGCGUGAGAAUGAAGCCUUGCGGUCUGGCCAGGGCGCCAGCCUGUCGGUGGUGAGGCAGAACACCGACGUGGCCUUGCAGAACCUCCGCGUCGUCAUGAACAAUGCCCACUCCUCAAUAAAGCAGCUGGUUUCUGGAGCUGAAACGUUGAAUCUGGUUGCUGAAAUCCUUAAAUCUAUAGACAGAAUUUCUGAAAUUAAAGAUGAGGAGGAGGAGUCUUGAGAACCCUGAGGUGCUUCCGGGUCACAGCUCCGCUCACACCCGGAUGUCCGUGCUCACUGGAUUUGGAAAUGCCAUUGUGUCUUUAAAUAUGUCGUCCUCACCGUGGUAAAGAUACUUAUCAUGACACGCUAAUUUCAUGACCACACAGUGUGAGCAGCGCGCUGCAGGGAGAAGCAACCCCCGCGUGAGAGCCGCAGCGGCUUCUCCGCAAGCCUUCUGGGGGAGCUCCAGCUACUCCACGGACUAACGUUCUAUCGGAAGACGUUUCUAUAGAAGCCAGUGAUUUUUUGAAGUUA